AUGGCAGAAUGCUCCUUCAACAUCUUGGAGGCAUUUGUCUCAGUGGUGGGUAUGGGUGAUGACAUCAAUGCCAUCAUUCGCACUUGCCCUGCACCUCGUGAUGGUGAGUCUGAGUUGGCUUGCCAGGUAAACGGUGCCAUCCUGGGUGCUUGGGUGGGCAACCUUGCUGCCAAGCUGGCCUUGGCAGCUUCAGAUUGUGCCUUGAGCCUCAACGUGGAUGCCAUUUGCUCUGCUGGUGUCGCAGGCUUGGUGUCAGCCAUGGGAGAGAUUGCAGCUGGAGCUUCUUUGGGUGUGGCCUGUUCCGGAACUCCGCCACAACUGAGCACCACCAAGGUCAGUGUCCUGGGAGAUCAGACCGUCCGGGACAGCCGACGUUUGCUGAUUGGAGAAGGCGCUGUCGGCAAUGGUGUGCAGUGUGGUGUGGAUGUGGGCAUGGUGGCAGCCAACAUUGCAAACAUGGGUCUUGCCAUCAACAAGGCCGUGAAUGUGAACAAGUGCAAAGCGAGCACCUUUCGCUCACCAUUGAACGUGUUCAAGGGCAUCCCAGAGACACUUUGCACCAUUGACAUUGGUGGUGCUGUGGCGUACAUCGGUGAGGUUGUUACCUUCAUCAAUCUCAUUGUGGUUCACUGUAAGGACUUUCUGGAUGUCAACGCACUUUGUGCUGGCUCCAUAGCUGCGAUCACCACGGGUGCAGCGGCCAUUGUGCCCUACGGCGCAGCAGUGCACGCGGCCUGCGCGAACAACCAUUUCUUGAAGACACCCAAGAGUCAAGCACAGCUUUCGAAAUUGUGGUAUUCCCCAGGCUAUGAUCCUGUGUCAGGCUUGCGUCGACGCUUGACGGAGGAGGAGACGGCUGCUAAGCAACCCUUGAAGGAAAGCUUGUCUCAGAUCGCGGCGAACCGUGAGACUUUGGAGGAGCUGAAGAAGGCGACGGAUGUUCCCAAGCCGGGCAGCACAGAGGCAGACAUGGAGACUCUCUUGAACCUCAUGGGCGGAGAGGACAAGGCGCGUGCCGCCUGGCCAUUUGAAUGCUAG